GUCGUCAUCCGACGCCGUAGGGUUGGAAUGCCUCUGUGGGAGAUUCAGAACAACUCGACAAAACAUUUAUUACAACUGGGAUAUGUUUCUUUCAUGUAUAACAAUCACGUCCCGACGCUUCGACAGACUGAGUUGUCUUUCCUUGGACUAGGAGACUAAAUCAGAGAGAGAGACAGAGUGGUGUGAAUGCUGCUAAGUCGAAUUUGCUUUCAACUAUUUAUUGAAGUGUAGAAAUUCAUAUGGACCUGAAGGUUAGAUGGCAGGUAGCGUCCAACAUGAUGUUAUAUCGCUCGUUUGAACCAUGGAGUAGUCCAACGGGCAACGUUAUAACGUGAGUCCUGAAUCUCUGGGUGUUUUGGGCAAGCUAGCCAAGUUUGCUACAUUCUGUGUCGCUAGCUAACAACUUGUGAUUGUGUGCUGCUGGAAGCAAGAAAUGUAAGUGAAAAAUACCUGCUUCUUCUCCACACAAGGCAGAUGAAACACUGAAGAUGAAUCCGCUAAUAACACAAAGAAAUGUAAAGUCUGGGUGCAUCUUCAAUCCCUAAGUUACCAGGAAGGUAGUCUAGUCUUCAGUGCUGGAAGAUAGCCACUGUUAGCCAUAACUAUAGACAAGGGGAGAAGUAAAUGAUCAUUGUAAAUCGCCCACAUGCGCUGGAUCAGUCGUCGGCUUGGGGAAAGGAAUCAGAAGGUGGUGGACGUGUUGAGCGCUGAACCCUUCCUGGCUGGAGGAAGAUGGCGCAGCCCUUCAAUUGGAAGUAGUGGUGAGAGGAGUGAAACUUCCUCGGGGCUCGUUGGAUUUACUAGACAUCUCGACCCUGAUCGGAGGACACAUGCAGGCCAGAAAACGGUAUUUAAUUCUGUUGUCCGCCGGUGCGUGUCUCAUUCUGUUGUUGUACUUCGGAGGGGUUCAAGCCCCGUUAUCCAGAAGCAACAACCGGCGUGAUGACCGCAGCCUCCAUGGAUACCACGGGAGACCUCAGUGGCCCCACUUCUCGGGGUCCCUGCAGCCGUUCAGCCCCUGGGACCAAAUGGAGACCGAGGAGUACAACAUUAACAGAUCGCCACGACAGAAGAGGGAUGUUAUUUCGGGAGUUUAUAAAGGGAAACGUUGCCGGAUGGACUCUUGCUUUGAUUUUUCCUUGUGCAAAACCAACGGAUUUAAAGUUUACGUUUACCCGCAACAGAAAGGAGAGAAGAUGUCGGAGAGUUAUCGGAAUAUUUUAUCUUCCAUUGAGGCUUCCAGGCUCUAUACGUCUGACCCGGGACAGGCUUGUCUGUUCGUCCUGAGUUUGGACACUCUAGACAGGGACAUUCUGUCUCCACAGUAUGUUCACAACCUCAGAACUAAAGUCCAGAACUUGCAUCUGUGGAAUAACGGAAAGAAUCACCUCAUUUUCAACCUCUAUUCGGGAACUUGGCCCGACUACACGGAAGAUCUGGGCUUCGACUUUGGGCAGGCCAUGUUAGCCAAGGCAAGCAUCAGCACAGAGAACUUCAGACCCAAUUUCGAUGUCUCCAUCCCUCUUUUUGGGAAAGAGCACCCCAGGACCGGAGGAGAGAGGGGCUAUUUAAAAUAUAACUCUAUCCCACCGUACAGGAAAUACAUGCUUGUGUUCAAGGGGAAACGAUACCUCACUGGAAUCGGAUCAGACACGAGGAAUGCGUUAUAUCAUGUCCAUAACUCUGAGGAUGUGGUGCUGCUCACCACGUGUAAACACGGGAAAGACUGGCAGAAGCACAAGGAUGCCCGCUGUGACCGCGACAACGCCGAAUAUGACAAACAUGAUUACAGAGAGAUGCUUCACAACUCUACCUUCUGCCUGGUUCCCAGGGGACGACGUCUGGGAUCCUUCCGCUUCCUGGAAGCACUGCAGGCAGCCUGCGUACCUGUGAUACUCAGUAACGGCUGGGAGAUGCCCUUCUCUGAGAUCAUCCGCUGGAACACAGCAGCUGUGAUCGGGGACGAACGACUGCUACUGCAGAUUCCGUCUACGGUCCGUUCCAUUCACCAGGACAACAUCUUGUCUCUCAGACAGCAGACCCAGUUCCUGUGGGAGGCCUACUUCUCUUCUGUAGAGAGGAUAGUACUCACAACACUAGAGAUCAUCCAUGACCGGGUGCUCCAGCAUGCAGCCCGUAGUAACCUGAUGUGGAACAGUCUUCCUGGAGGUCUCUACUCCCUGCCUCAGUACUCCUCAUACCUGGGAGACUUCCCUUUCCACUAUGCCAAGCUAGGUAUCAAGCCUCGUCCCAAGUUCACAGCGGUCAUCCAUGCUGUGACUCCCCUGGUCUCCCAGUCUCAGCCCAUCCUGAAGCUACUGGUGGCUGUCGCUAAGUCCCAGUACUGUGUCCAGGUGAUAGUCCUAUGGAACUGUGACAAGCCUCUCCCGGCCAAACACCGCUGGCCAGCCACCUCAGUACCUGUCCUGGUCAUAGAUGGGGAGAGCAAGGUGAUGAGCAGUCGUUUCCUGCCCUAUGACACAAUAUCAACAGACGCCGUUCUGAGUCUGGACGAGGAUACAGUUCUCUCUACUACUGAGGUGGACUUUGCUUUCACGGUGUGGCAGAGUUUCCCAGAGAGGAUUGUGGGAUACCCGGCCAGGAGUCAUUUCUGGGACAGCAACAAGGAGAGGUGGGGUUACACCUCCAAGUGGACCAACGACUACUCUAUGGUCCUGACAGGAGCUGCUAUAUACCACAGAUAUUACCACUACCUGUACACCAGUUACCUGCCGGCUAGUCUGAGGGGCCUGGUGGACCAGCUGUCUAACUGUGAAGACAUCCUGAUGAACUUCCUGGUGUCAGCCGUCACCAAGCUGCCGCCCAUCAAGGUCACCCAGAAGAAACAGUACAAAGAGACUAUGAUGGUACAGACCUCCAGAGCGUCUCGGUGGGCCGACCCAGACCACUUUGCCCAGCGACAGAGCUGCAUGAAUAAGUUUGCCAGCUGGUUUGGCAGCAUGCCCCUGGUGCACUCUAAUAUGCGCCUGGACCCGGUGUUGUUUAAAGACCAGGUGUCCAUACUGAGGAAGAAAUACAAGGACAUAGAGAGACUAUAACCAGCCUGAUCCCCUCUGUCUCCAUACUGAGGAAGAAAUACAAGGACAUAGAGAGACUAUAACCAGCCUGAUCCCCUCUGUCUCCAUACUGAGGAAGAAAUACAAGGACAUAGAGAGACUAUAACCAGCCUGAUCCCCUCUGUCUCCAUACUGAGGAAGAAAUACAAGGACAUAGAGAGACUAGAACCAGCCUGAUCCCCUCUGUCUCCAUACUGAGGAAGAAAUACAAGGACAUAGAGAGACUAUAACCAGCCUGAUCUCCUCUGUCUCCAUGGUGGAGUGGAGAGAGACUAGAACCAGCCUGAUCCCCUCUGUCUCCAUACUGAGGAAGAAAUACAAGGACAGAGAGAGACUAUAACCAGCCUGAUCCUCUCUGUCUCCAUGGUGGAGUGGAGAGGGACAGAGAGAGACUAGAACCAGCCUGAUCUCCUCUGUCUCCAUGGUGGAGUGGAGAGAGACUAGAACCAGCCUGAUCCUCUCUGUCUCCAUGGUGGAGUGGAGAGGGACAGAGAGAGACUAUAACCAGCCUGAUCUCCUCUGUCUCCAUGGUGGAGUGGAGAGAGACUAGAACCAGAGAGAAGGGAUGAACAGGGGAAGAAAGGAGAGGAGGAGAGGACAGGGCUGUGGAGCCAGGACCCCACGGUCGACCCUCCCAGAGAGAAGGGAAGAACAGAGAGGAGGAGAGGACAGGGCUGUGGAGCCAGGACCCCACGGUCGACCCUCCCAGAGAGAAGGGAAGAACAGAGAGGAGGAGAGGACAGGGCUGCGUCUUCCACUCUCCAUCUUUGUACGCUGUUGCUAACGGUGGUAACCGUGACAACCCCGGCUGUAUUUGGUAGGAGCUGUACACAGACAGAAAACUAGUUCAUGGACGUCUGGGGGGGACGGGGGGACUUUGUUGUAGAACUUUCUACAUGACUAUGGACAGAGGAGGUCCAUGACUGAGGAAGUCUCCUCAGAGCCAACACAACGCCGUUCUAGUCAAGGAGAGUCCAUGCUGCAGUCCUAACUAUGGUCUACCAGUAAACCGUCUAGCAGUGGGAAAUCUCUCCCACCCUUCUCCAACCUGAUAAAACCCUACAAUGAAAGCCAAGGAGGAGUAAUUCUUUACUUAUAGAAGCUAACCAUCUGUUCUGUUCGGUUCUAAACACUAUGCACAGGUUCAACAGAAUUGCUGCCAGAAUCUGAAAAGUACUAUUUUGCUGUGUUUUUAGUUAGCUUUUAUAGUGAACGAUGAAUGGCCGGCCUUACUGUCUGUACUGUGUCCAGCCUUGGGUGGGUGAGGAGGGUAGGGGGUCUGUGUUUUCCUGCUGUAAAAGGCUAAGGGUACAGAGAUCAACCCACAGAACUGACAGUUCACUGUAUCUCCAGGUAUGACUAACGUUAUGGUUGUUGUGAUCUGGUUGUGAUCUCUCACAAAAAAAUAUCUUUGAGUGUCUGACUGAAGUACAAUGAAUCUUGCCCUUUGCCCUCAUCAUCCUUAUCCCUUAUAGCAAUAUUGAUCCAUCUGCAUUGAAAGGUUUUAACAGUUGAGUUUCAUAUUGAUCCAUCUGCAUUGAAAGGUUUUAACAGUUGAGUUUCAUAUUGAUCCAUCUGCAUUGACAGGUUUUAACAGUUCCGUUUCAUGUUGAUCCAUCUGCAUUGAAAGGUUUUAACAGUUGAGUUUCAUAUUGAUCCAUCUACAUUGAAAGGUUUUAACAGUUGAGUUUCAUGUUGAUCCAUCUGCAUUGAAAGGUUUAGCAGUUGAGUUUCCCUUAUUUAUUCCCUGUUCCACGUUCUUCCCCUCACAAUUUAUUCCCUGUUCCACGUUCUUCCCCUCACAAUUUUUUCCCUGUUCCACGUUCUUCCCCUCACAAUUUAUUCCCUGUUCCACGUUCUCCCCCUCACAAUUUAUUCCCUGUUCCACGUUCUCCCCCUCACAAUUUAUUCCCUGUUCCACGUUCUUCCCCUCACAAUUUAUUCCCUGUUCCACGUUCUCCCCCUCACAAUUUAUUCCCUUUUCCACAUUCUUCCCCUCACAAUUUAUUCCCUGUUCCACGUUCUUUCCCUCACAAUUAAUUCCGUUUCACGUUCUUCCCCUCACAAUUUAUUCCCUGUUCCACGUUCUUCCCCUCACAAUUUAUUCCCUGUUCCACGUUCUUCCCCUCACAAUUUAUUCCCUGUUCCACGUUCUUCCCCUCACAAUUUAUUCCCUGUUCCACGUUCUUCCCCUCACAAUUUAUUCCCUUUUCCACAUUCUUCCCCUCACAAUUUAUUCCCUUUUCCACGUUCUCCCCCUCACAAUUUAUUCCCUUUUCCACGUUCUUCCCCUCACAAUGUAUUCCCUGUUCCACGUUCUUUCCCUCACAAUUUAUUCCGUUUCACGUUCUUCCCCUCACAAUUUAUUCCCUGUUCCACGUUCUUCCCCUUAAAUUUAUUCCCUGUUCCACGUUCUUCCACUCACAAUUUAUUCCCUGUUCCACGUUCUCCCCCUCACAAUUUAUUCCCUGUUCCACGUUCUUCCACUCACAAGACCCGGUGAACCACUAUGAUAACAAUAUAUACUAUCUAACACACCCUUUUAUGCAUAGACACAUACAUUUUACUUCUGGGUGGUCCCAGGAAUCGAACCCACUAUCAAAACUAACACCCAUAUCACCUGUUUUGACCAAUAAAGGCUCUUCUUUGACCAUC